AUGUUUGAUGGGGCAGGUGAACAUACGUCUACGUUUGAUGGGGCAGGUGAACAUACAUCUACGUUUGAUGGGGUAGUUGAACAUACGUCUACGUUCGAUAGGGCAGGUGAACAUACAUCUACGUUCGAUGGGGCAGGUGAACAUACUUCUACGUUCGAUGGGGCAGGUGAACAUACAUCUACGUUCGAUGGAGCAGGUGAACAUACAUCUACGUUCGAUAGGACAGGUGAACAUACAUCUACGUUCGAUGGGCAGGUGAACAUACGGACAUGUGGACAAACUUCAACGUUUGAUACGGCAGGUGAACACACAUCUACGUUUGAUAGGGCAGGUGAACAUACAUCUACGUUUGAUAGGGCAAGUGAACAUACAUCUACGUUUGAUGGGGCAGGUGAACAUACAUCUACGUUUGAUAGGGCAGGUGAACAUACAUCUACGUUUGAUAGGGCAGGUGAACAUACAUCUACGUUUGAUGGGGCAGGUGAACACACAUCUACGUUUGAUGGGGCAGGUGAACAUACAUCUACGUUUGAUGGGGCAGGUGAACACACAUCUACGUUUGAUAGGGCAGGUGAACAUACAUCUACGUUUGAUAGGGCAAGUGAACAUACAUCUACGUUUGAUGGGGCAGGUGAACAUACAUCUACGUUUGAUGGGGCAGGUGAACAUACAUCUACGUUUGAUAGGGCAGGUGAACAUACAUCUACGUUUGAUAGGGCAAGUGAACAUACAUCUACGUUUGAUGGGGCAGGUGAACAUACAUCUACGUUUGAUAGGGCAAGUGAACAUACAUCUACGUUUGAUGGGGCAGGUGAACAUACAUCUACGUUUGAUGGGGCAGGUGAACACACAUCUACGUUUGAUAGGGCAGGUGAACAUACAUCUACGUUUGAUAGGGCAAGUGAACAUACAUCUACGUUUAAUGGGGCAGGUGAACAUACAUCUACGUUUGAUAGGGCAGGUGAACAUACAUCUACGUUUUAUAGUGCAGGUGAACAUACGUUAUGUUUGAUGGGGCAGGUGAAUAUACGUUAUAUUUGA